AUGGCGGGCUCGGAUGACUUCGAAGAGCGUAUGAAGGAGAUGUAUGAUGCCAUUGUCCUGAAUCCUAGAAAUAUCGGCUACGACAGUAACUUGUUCCGCAAGCAUGUUCGGUUUGGCUCUGCGAGCCACGGCCCCCCAGCCCGCGUCACAUAUAUUGCAACAGUAGCCUCCGAAAUGUGCAAUGGACUAGGCAAUUUGCACGGCGGGUGUGCUACAACGCUGGUCGAUGUCGCUACUACGACGUUACUGCUUGGGAUGGGCGGGCAUUUCUCCAUGGGCGGCGUUAGUCGGUCGUUGAAUAUGACUUUCCUCCGCCCUGCGCCAGAAGGGACGGAGAUCUCUAUCAAUUGUGAACUCGUUCAGGCUGGGAAACGACUGGCAUUGUUGAAAGCUGAUAUUCGUCGGACGGAUACGAACCAGGUACUUGUCUUGGGCGAUCAUGAUAAGGCUAGCACGCCGAUGGAUGCUUCGGCGGUGCUGUGA